AAACAAAGAAUUUCGUCAGUGUUUUCCAGGAGCGCGAUACUGUCCCGUAUGUUUUCAGGUCGAGCAACCUUUAGUGUUUUAUGUCUUUUGUUCACAAACAAACAAAAUUUAUAACACACUUCAUUUUAAAACGUAUUCGAAAUUCCAAGGAACAGCGAUGUCAGCGCAAAAACUUAUAACUCAGGAAGAAAGUCUGCAUGACUCAUGGGUAGAGCUCCACUUUGAUUCAUGCAGUGAACAUAGUGAGGGCACACCAGCCCUGUCUGAUAUCACAGACCUGGAAAAAAUGCUUCUGGAAGCACAACGAGAAUCAAGCAGUAGUUCACGGACAAGUUCUCACUGUAGCAGUCCUAGACAUGUCCAGACACCUCCACUCAUCAGUUCAGCACCCUUCAACUCAUAUGCCAUUGCAGAGGGGGAAGUUGUAGCAGAAAGCAAACAGGAAGCUGAGGCAGUCGCAAGGAUUUGUGACUGGUCCAGCCGACCAGAGAAUGUACCACCAGCAGCAUUUAUGAUUAAACGGCCAAAACGGAACAGAAUAUGCUGCAAAAACACAGACAAAAAUGACAAGCAUAUUAACACAAACUUGCUGAAGUUACUGCUACCCUCUCUAGUUUUGACACACAUCCUUAUGCUUGGGUUGGGGAUCUGUAUUGGACGACGCCUUUCCACUCAGUGCUCUGUUAUCUGAGUCAUAGCACAUGAGUGUGUGUGUGUGUGUGUUGUGCUGUGUGCGUGUGUCAGUGUCAGCCUGGAACCCUUCAGUUUUCCUCCAGAAGGAAUGCAGGACUGUGUAAGAGGACACUGUGAAAAUAUGUUGAGAGAUGGAAACUCUCUGCAUUAUUUUUUCUUUGGUUCUCCUGUGGGGAAUUUGGCACAGAAUUAAAAAUAUUAAUCCAGUUUUGUAUGGUUAUCAGAUUAGAUUAACCUGGAAAUAUGCUUUGAACUAAAAUGUUUGUUACAUUAUACUUUUGCAUGAAGAUUAUUUUACUGACCAGGUCUCAUUAUAGUUCUUCAGCUGACCUGCUUUUUAAUAACAUUUCGAAUCAUUACUCUUAAAAAAUACAAAUUAAUGUUUGACAGAAAUUUCAGAGGCAUAGAAAUACAUAUUCUGUCAUUUAUUCUAAUGUGACUUGCUAUGGAAAACUAAUAAACCCUGUUGCCAAAAAAAAAAAAAA